AUAGAAGAAAUACAAUUAAUUUGUUUAUAAGAAACAUGUCUAAUUGAAUAUUUAUUUAUUUGAAACUAGUAAUAUAACCGAACAUGCCGGCGUCAGUAAUUGAAUUGCGUCCCGACAGGCGCCUAUUCGAUCAUGAAUUCGAGGGAUACAAGCUCCACUUCCAAUCGAUUCCAAAUUAUGUGCACGAUCUCCCCUCGCCAGUGGAUAAAGUGUACCCAGACGAAGUGCAAUAUUCUUUUAUUCAUGCCAAACUCUUCGCGCUACAUAACCACCUGGUACUUGAUUUCUGGAAUUACACAUUUAAUUAUUACUACUUCGAUAAGAAACAGCAAGUUCGUCACGUAACCUUUGAGAACAAUAACCAUAGUUUCAAGAACACUGUUGUCUACGAUGUGCCUGCACAUAUCGAAAGAAAAUCUGGACAUUUCAAUCUAUCCCUGAUAUUCCCUUCUGGUAAUUUAGCCACUAUCAGUGAUGGUACUGGAUACCUCCAUAUUGUUGAGACCGGUAAUAGAAACAGCCAGGCUAGUAGGACCGAAUCAUGGCAGACGCAGCACUCAAGUUUGGUGCUUGGCGAGGGAAAGUUCUUUGUGAUUGUAGACUCAAAGGUUGAAGAGAAAGGUAGUAGUGAAUUAUUGCAUUGUUUAUUGCAGUCUGUUGAGCAAUCUGAGAAACAUUUCAACACUGUCCUCACUUGGGUCACAUAUGAGAAUGACAAGCAGAACUGGAAGCAAGUGUGUAUAAGACAAUUACAAGGCAAAGGCAUCGUCCAUUACUCGGCUAUAGAAAGCACCUGUUCAGCUUUGUAUAUUGCUUCCGAUAAUCCUUUCAAGUUCAUAACAGAUCCUGAGAAUGAUAUUGUAAAACAACCAAGGAAAAUACUGUACACAUGGCUACAAACUACUGAAGAUGUUAAUGUGACGUUACGAUUGCCAGAAAACAUUUCUAAAGAUUUAUUACAUAUAAGUGUUACUCCGUUAGCUAUUAAAGUAAGCUACGCUGGCAAUACUAUUGUGGAUGGCACAUUGAGGCAUAAGGUUGACAGUGAGUUAACAACAUGGAACAUUCUAGAGAAUGGUCAAGUCGAUAUACUGAUCACCAAGGCAGAUAGCAUGAUGUGGGAUCGGUUUCUAGAACAUGAAGAUAGUAAUGGUGAGGAAAUCAUGGAUGCUAGCUUAGUGGAGGAAGCACAUAAAAGGCUGGCACAUUUAUGCUCAGACACAGAGGCUGUUGUAGAUCAGUCAGUGCCAGGAUUCUCAACACAGGAGUUGGAGGAAUGUGAUGCUGCUUCUGAAGAAGACACUGUUUUAGUGAGAAUACAAGCAACAAAUCAUGAGACUACACAUAGGAUACCGUUAAGUGUACAUCAGUAUUUAUUCAGUGUACAGUUAGAGACACACGAGACUCCAGCACUAGUCUUGAGGCAUGAUGUGGACGCCUGCAUUUGGCAGCCUAACGCGCAACUCGUCAAUUCAAACACAUGGCCCAUGAAACACCAAGGAACUUUAAUGGCUUUUGGAUAUAUACAAUCAUCAAAAGAAAAUCGCAAAUUCAUUACAUGUCCCCCAAAUUUCAUGUACAGUGUUGUAUGUGAAGCUCGUAGACAUAUAUUCAUUUAUCAAAAUUCAGGUCCUAAAGAUACCCGACUGAGAAAACGGACAAAUGGUGUCAUGGUGGAUAUGAAAGUUGGACAACAGCGUGUAUUCAACAUUGAUAAAUAUGGAGAAGUUAUUGGCAUCAAUGCCACUAAUGAACAUUUGUUUAUAUUAACUGAAAACAAUUUGAUUGCUAUAGAAAUAAUGUAAGAUUACUGUGAA